AUGUUUGAAUUGAUCACAUCCCAUUCUGCAGGAGUUGAUCCCAUGCUGGGGGCAAAUGAGCAUUCCCUCGAGGGCAUCUCACCAUUGCAAGCAUACCUGUGCGCAAAGGCGUCACGGCAUAUCUAUAGUGAUACGAAACACAUCGCGACUGAGUUGUACCGGAAACCACCAAUUGACGAAGCGCGCAAAGUGCGGUACACAUGGCGUGAGUAUAACGGCGUUGAGCUGUCAAUGGAUGCCGUUGAGCCCAUGCAAAAGGAACCGCACCAGUCCAUCUACGAACAGGACAGGGCCGACCGCGACUUUAGUCCCAGCAUGAAGAGCAUCGCAGACGAGCACAUGUACAUUAUCCACAACAGACACCCCCGCUGUAUCUUCUACAUGAGCAAUGGCAGUAAUCACACGCUUGUCGAUGACAAGGCCUACUUGGUGUUCAGGGGCACGCACGAGGGCAAUGAUGUGGGUGUGAUUUUGGACCAUGAAUUGGCCCAGUUUAAGACGGACAAGGCGACGUUAAUGGCGCAUAGGGGGAUCGCCGGGAAACUGGACCAGAUAUGGGGCAGGAUUGAGGCGGAGCUCAAGCAACUGCCGAAGAGUAUCAAGCAACUGUACAUCACAGGCCACAGUCUGGGGGGAGCAUACGCGCUGCUAUGCGGAGCAAGGAUACUCAUGAGUAAGCAACAUCUACUCCCACCCGGAGUAAGUGUGAAGGUGGUGACGUUUGGGGCUCCGUUGGUGUUCGCGAGGAAUGCACUCGAAGACAAGGCCUUGCCGACAGCCCUGACCGCUGCGAUGAAGGGCAGGACAUUCAACUUUGUCUUUGGGUGCGAUGUAGUGCCCCGGCUGUUAGGCACGGGCCUUUCCACCACAUUUAUCAAAAUGCUCCAGGUGGCGGGUAUAGGGUGUCCGGGAAAUGCCGAGGCCAACACCGGCACAUCCACCGCCGAUGGGGUGUCUGAGAGCAGCUCCUUCUCAUUGUACGUGUGUAGUGUGCAUUGGCUCGGAGUGGUACGCAAUGAAAGCACCACAUUGCAGGUGAAGGCACAACACUAA